AAUUAGUCGUCAGUCAAUAACUGUAACUUUACGUAAGUUACGUCAAGCAAGUGCAACUGACAGAAACGCAUACAUUUAAGAUGGCAGCUCAUACAAACCAGUCAGUUAUAUAUUGGCCAUCCUGUAUUACGAACAUCUUACUAACAAUACACGUUGACAAUUACAUCAGUUUACAUGAAAGCGUUCCCCGCAUUGCAGUGGUCCGUCUCUGUUCAGUUGUUUCUGUUCGCGAUAUAUUCAGCGCUGAACGCAUUAAAUCACCAGGCAGUAUUUCAAAGAUGUUUUCUUCAUUUAGAUCAAUUUCGCGAUGUGUCACGUCCGGAGUUAUAAAUCAUCAGAACCACUCACGAUGUUUCUCUGUGUUGCAUCAUAAUUUUAAAGAACGACGUCAGCUUCGAAGAUCAAAUAUCCAAACGAGGGUCAAUUUUUCUCAUGCAAUCAAAGCGGCUCAUAUGUAUAAUCCCGGCGAAUUUCCUGUAAUGGACAAAACUAUCGGACAAUUAUUAAGCGAGGCAGUUGCAACAUGGCCCGAACGGACUUGCGUUGUUUCGAUUCCUCAAAAUGUUCGUUUAACCUUCACCCAGCUUCUUCGACGAGUCGACUCGUUUGCUGCGGGUCUGAAGAAGCUAGGCUUGAAAAAGGGCGAUCGGCUGGGCCUUUGGGGUCCGAAUGAUCUAGAAUGGCUCAUAACGUCCCUGAGUGCAUCGAGGGCGGGAUUAAUCGUCGUCGCAAUUAACCCCGCUUACCAGCAAAACGAAUUAGAGUAUUGUCUGCAAAAAGUUGGCGUAAAGGCGAUUGUUUCACCCGACAAAUUUAAAACGCAGAAUUAUCCAAAGAUGUUGCUCGCCGCAAAGAAAAUGUGCCCUACUUUGGAAAAUAUUAUCAUUUAUUCCCCGGAUCACGUGACCGGUACGCACCGUUUCGCCGACGUCGAAAUUUCGGCAACGAGAGCGGAAAUGGAUGCGAUCGCCGCCGAGCAGGACAAGAUAUCAUGCUAUGACGGAUGCAACAUACAGUUCACAUCUGGUUCUACCGGUAGGCCCAAAGCCACGCUCAUCUCGCACAGGAGUCUCGUAACCAACAGCAAAGAGGCUUCGCUAAGGGCGAAGAUAACUAUCGAGAACAAAAUAUGUUUAAACAUGCCUCUCUUUCACGCGUUCGGCACGAUAAUGGGCGAAUUGCUCACCUUCCAUACGGGGAGUACCCUCGUCAUGGAAGAACGCUCCUUUAAUCCGGUAAAAACCUUGGAAGCGAUAGCGCAAGAAAAGUGUGCUAUAACGUAUGGAACGCCAACUAUGUGGGUGAACUUAAUUGAGGCACAGCAACGAUUGCAGCUACCGAUGGGCAAUCUUCAGGCAGGAAUUACCGGUGGUGCACCCGCGUCUUCUGAACUCUUCAAACGAAUUCGAAGCUUGCUUGGCUUCAAUGAUAUGAUGAGUAUAUACGGCCUUACAGAAACCACAGCUAUAGUAUUUCAAUCGAUUCGUGGAGAGGAUAGGCACCUUACGGAGAACACCGUGGGUCAUUUGGCGAAUCAUGUCGAAGCAAUGAUCGUCGAUCAAAACGGUUUACCCGUCCGUUUUGGAGAGCCUGGCGAACUUUGGAUUCGCGGGUACUGCAAUAUGUUGCGUUACUGGGACGACGAAGAAAACACGAAGAAAACUUUGACGGAGGACGGCUGGUUGAAAACGGGCGAUCAAUUUGUCUUGCAGGAAAACGGAUACGCUACUAUAGUCGGACGACUCAAAGAUAUGCUUAUUCGGGGAGGAGAAAAUAUUUUCCCUAAGGAAAUCGAGGAUUUCCUGGUGACCCAUCCUAAAGUAAUGCAGGCGCAAGUUAUAGGAGCAUAUGACGAGGUCUUCGGAGAAGAGGUUUGUGCAUGUAUUCAACUUCGCGACGGUGCGACGAUGACGAAGAAUGAGCUGACGGAUUAUUGUAGAGGCAAAAUAGCACAUUUUAAAAUACCGCGUUAUGUAGAAUUCGUUGAUAAAUAUCCAAAGACCGCCACUGGGAAAAUUCAGAAAUUCCGUCUAAAACAACAAUUGGAAAACAGUGGUGUGAUACCGGCAAGAUCAAGACAUUCAUAAUUAUUAUAGAGAUUAGACAAUAAUGACAAUAAAUUUUGAAGAAAAUCUAAUAAGAAAGAAUUACAAAUUUAAUGACGAUUAUUGCGAGUUUAAGUAAGGAAUUAAUUUAAGAAGCUGAUAAUUAAGAUUUUAUUAAAUAUUAAUUGUGCAAU